ACGGUUUAGAGGUAAUUUCUUCGGAUGUUAAGGUGUUCCCGCCGCCGUUGCCCCGGUCCCCCCUAUCUCCCUCCCACUCUAUCUCUCGGUGUUUUAUGUCUGCGUCACAACAAGUCGGUCGAGAAAGAGGCAGGGAUGAUGGCGUCUCUCGCGGGUUGAUUCUCGUGCUGCUCUGACAAACACGCCUAAUAGCAUCAAUAGGUGGAGAAACGAGAGCAAAGGCAAGGGAACAUGACGAAACGACGUCGCGGAGGACAGACAGACCGAGGGAAAGACGGACGUACCGACGGUGUCUCACUGACGACUUGACUGACAUACGCGCUUGGCACAGACACAUACAUGCACAUCCACUUUGGCACACACGUAGGCUUCACAUCCAACCGGCCAGUAAUUGAGACGAGAGGAAAACAGAAGAGAUACAAUAUUUCAUGUCAAGCCGGCACAGGAAUCGCUGUGACCCCAACGGAGAGGAGUUCGACUUGACAGGAUGGGGGGAGUAAGUGAAGGGGAUGAUGUGUUAGCUCGAUGGAGUGAUGGGCUACUGUACCUCGGUAAUGUGAAAAGAGUAGAUGGAGUCAAGCAGUGUUGUCUGGUGAGAUUUGAGGACAACUCGGAAUUCUGGGUCCUAAGAAAAGACAUUCACUCUUUCUCAGUUGGAGUGGAAGAGGUUUGCUGUGUCUGUGAUGCCCCGCCUCUUAAAGAACCUCUCAUCAAUUGUCUUAAAUGUCGUCACGGUUAUCAUCCUGAGUGCCACACUCCGUCCAUUGAGCCGGAAGCUGACAGCAAUUCUUGGAUAUGUCGGCAAUGUGUCUUUGCAGUGGCAACCAAGAGGGGAGCCAUCAAACGAGGACGGUUUGCCCGGCUCAUGCAAAUCAUGAAACUUCGGCUGCCCUAUCAGCUGUCAUCUUUAGACUGGGACCCACAGCAUCUGACCAACCAGCAGCAGUGUUACUGCUACUGUGCCGGACCUGGAGAGUGGAACCUGAAAAUGUUGCAGUGUGGAAGUUGUGGUCAGUGGUUUCAUGAAGCUUGCACACAGUGUCUGACCAAGCCGUUGUUAUACGGAGACAGGUUUUAUGAGUUCCAGUGCUCAGUCUGUGCAAGCGGACCAGAGACAAUUCAACGGCUACCCAUGAGCUGGGUAGAUUUGGCCCAUUUGGUGCUCUACCACCUCUCCUUGUGCUGCAAGAGAAAAUACUUUGAUUUCGACCAUGAAAUCAUGUCGUUUGCCAAUGAGAAUUGGGACUCUUUGCUUCUCGGCUCGCUCUCUGACACACCAAGGCAAGAUCGCUGCCACAAUCUGCUCAACGCUUUGAACUCCAACAAAGACAGGUUUGUCUCUGGUAAAGAGAUCAAGAAGAAGAAGUGUCUUUUUGGGCUCCAGGUCCGAGCUCCGCCUCCCCUGACCUCUGAUUCAUCUCCCCUCAUCACUGACCCGCCCAUCAACAUCACCCAAAGGAGAAGGUCAGACCCAUUGUCACUGCCCUGCCAGAGGAGAGCGGUGGGGCCAGAGUCACGCAAAUCAAAGCGGCGCAUCAUGGAGACACAGCGGGCAGUACUUCCAGAAGACUGUUGUAUCCUGAGCGGACAUGAAUCAUCUUCCAUCUUGGGGCAGCCUUGUCCGCCCCCGGUCCCAGCCACCCCAAUAGAUCUUGUGCCAUGUUGCCAUGGCUACGUAGGUGGAACUAACCUUUACAACUCCAGGAAGUCGGAGGAGGAGCUGAAUUUGGGCUCUCCACCUAAGCGGAUGUUUGCCCUGUAUCACCCCACCUAUAACGGAGCCCCAGCCAUCUCCAGAACCCUGCAUCACUAUAGUGCGGAAGAUCCUUGUCGAGUGCCGCCCCCCUGCCUCCCCUUCUCCCUGUCAUCCUCCCACCAUCACCACCACCACCAUCACAACCACCACCACCACCAGCAGCAGCACCACCAGCACCAGACUGGCCAGAAGUUGGAUCCCUGCCCCUCCCUCCUGCUGCGUGACCUCCCUUCCUAUCCGGGCAGCGUGGGGGGAGGGGGCGGGGGGGAUGGGUCAGCUGUCAGGGGCUGGGGGGGCGGGGACGGGGUGAGGAUUUUGGCGAGGCGAGUAACGCCAGACGGGAAGGUCCAGUACCUCGUGGAGUGGGGGAACGUGAGUGUGUACUGAGAGAAAGUGAGAGAGAGAUGGGGGGGUGGAGGGAGGCAGAGAGGAUCAACACACCAGAGUGCUUGGCAGGAAAGAGGGGAUAUUGGAGAGAGAGAGGGAGAGGGAGAAUGACUGUUGUGCAGGUGCCACAUCAGAAAUGUGUGGCAACUUCAAGUACACGCAAAACAAAAACCCCACACAAGGCAAAUCCAGGUUGCUCAAACGAUAUCGCCUCCAUUCUAUAUCAUCACACUACGUGUUACUAUAUCUCCCUCUUUGCUGGUGUUUCUCCUAUAUUUGUACUGUAUACCUUUGGAAUAUGCCUUUGCAUUUAUCAUGUUUACGUUUGAAGAUUGUAUAUACAGUAUUUGAUUAUAGGCAAUUUGUUACGUUACCUUUUGUCAUACUUGAUUUACAUGAUAGUAUGUAAUAGAAAUAUAUUAGGAGCCACAGCAGGGCUUUUGUUUUAUAGUUAGAUUUAUAUAUUCACAGUAUAUUAUUAUAGAAUGAUUUGAUUUGAUGUGGUUGCAUAGUGCCUAUUUGGAUUGUGCAUCUGCAGAUUGAGAAGUUGACCUGAAUCAAGGGAUCAGGUGAUUGAAAUGUAUGAUAACUAUUCUAUAAGGUUUUCUUCCUCAUCCACCAAUUGCAAUUGAAGAGUCACGACAAUGUUGUGUAGGCUUUCACACACAGAAUUAGUGUAAAAUACAUUCCAAACAAAUAUUAAAACAUCUCUUCAAGAUUACUGAUCAAAAUCUUUGAUCAGAUAGCCAUGGAAAAUUUGACUGUCAAUUUGUUGAGGGGUGUUUUUGCAUUGUUUUAGGGAAGAGAAGUCAACAAAUUAUAGUAUUAUGUGCAGGUGAAACUAUUUGUACUGUUUACCAUUUUCAGGCCAUAGACAGAGGAGUCAGCUCCUAUCUACCAGGUUUACACUGAGGAUGAGAGAUAGAGUUAACUCUGGCCCAUUUCCAAGCUGAUACCUAAGCACUAGUCUGGACACUGUAGAUCUGACAAGAUUGGAUAGAUCUGAGCAAUAUGGCUUAAGUUUCAUCCGGUCUAUCAGAGGGAAAGGUGAGCGUUCAUCAUAUUUUUCAUAUAUCCGAUCCUUUCAGAUGCACCCAAGAGUCUAAGGGGUUAGGGCUAUGGGUUUGUGUUUGAUUUGGAACUGGGCCCCAGAGAUCAUAGUGGAACAGGACGUUGUGUAUAGAACUCUAGAAUAUCAUAGUGCAAGGUUCAGAGUUUAUAUUUAUACAGAUCUUUAUUUCUGCCUUUUGUGGGAUAAAACACAGAUAAGAGUAAAUGUGUGCGUUGUAUCCACCAGAAGACAGAUUGUGUUACAGGUGUAGUUACAGUAAAUACGUAAAUAACACAACAUGUUAUAAUCAUGUCAACAGAAAACAUUUUCAGUCAUUUUUUAAAAACCACAGCAAGAUGUCACCCGUUCCCCAGAUUGAAUGAUGUGAAAUAUGCCAUCUCUUACUUAAGCAAUUAGGCCUGAGCGGGUGUGGUAUAUGGCAAAUAUACCACAGCCAAGGGCUGUUCUUAAGCACUACCAAAUGUGGAGUGCCUGGAUACAGCCCAUAGCCAUUGUAUAUUGGCCAUAUACCACAAACCCCAGAGGUGCCUUAUUGCUAUUAUAAACUGGUUAACAACGUAAUUAGAACAGCAAACAGGUAAUUUUGUGUCAUACCCGUGGUAUACAGUCUGAUAUACCGCAUCUUUCAGCCAAUCAGCAUUCAGGGCUCGAAUGACCCGGUUUAUAAGAGUGAAUAGAUGAUUGCUCAGCCUGGUCUCAUAGACUAGACUUAACAUAGUAAAUGUAAAUCCGGAACACUCAUAUUAGUAUGAUAUGUUACGUUUGGUAUGGUUAUAUAAGACAGAAGGUUACUUAAGAAAAAAAGGAAGUAAUGUGGAUGGGUAGGAAUAUAACGCGAAUGACUAGCAACCCAAAGGUUGUGUGUUUGAAUCUCAUCACAGAGUUUAGCAUUUUAGUGCAUUAGCAUCUUUGCAGCUACUUAGCAUGUUAGCUAACCCGUCCCCUAACCUUAACCCUUUAACUUAACUCCUCACCCUAACCCCUAGUGGAGUUAACGUUAGCCACCUAGAUAACUUUAGCCACAACAAGUUGGAAUUCGUAAAACAUAAAUUUAGCAAAUUGGUAACAACAACAUCCACAAAUUAAGACAAAAUGUAACAUAUACUAAUUGGAGAGCCAUAGAUUUACAUUUACUAUGUUACGUCUACCCCCGAGUCUAGGUUGGAUUGCAAAGGGUUUGGCACAUUUCUAAACAGCAGUGCAGGUUAAAUGAACCUCCCAACUCAGUCCUUCCCAUCCCAGUUUAGGAUUUAGAUACUUCUCAGUGAAUUUGGCUGUAGUUGAAUAGGAAGAGGUCUGUGGAACCAUCAAUUCGAUGGUAAUGAAUGUAUCUGUAUGUUUUCUAUGGUAAAGUAUGUCUAUAGACCCGUCAAGUGUUUGUUACUGUAGGUUAUAGAUGGAGCUAUACAAAAUGACUUCAAAGGACUGGGGUAAAUCUGAUCUUGAGUUGAGGAACAAGAAGCUAAGUCUUCUCUUUUUUUUAUUAUUUGUAGUCAAGUCCAAGUUUGGUUUGAUGUAUUUUUGGACUUUUGGUCAAAUUACAUUUAUACAUGUAUAACCUAGGCUGACACAGCCAAUGUAAAAUUUAAAAAAUUAAAAGUUGCCCUUCACAUCUUA